AUGACCCUUGAAACAUUUGUGACGACAUCAACUAUUGGUGGCCUGACAUUACUAAACUUGAGCCAUCACGUGCAUCUUAUCUCCGUGCUGACCAAGCUAUCGCCGUGGAACCGCAUCGAAUUCGCCUCAGCGCCUGCCUAUUCGGGACGCAUAAGCUUUGCCCUGUCGCGAACCACUCACCUUCCGACUUCUCCUGCUCCAACUACGCCAUUUCAAUAUCCAGCUUGUGACCUUCAGAUGGACGACUCGAUGGAGCUAACCGUUCACCACCACGGUACCCCGCAUACCUUCAUCCUCCCAUCCACAGCAACACUACAAGACCUAUCCAGCGAAAUAGAAAGCACGCUCAACAUCCCAACGGACAACCAAAAGCUCCUCAUAGCCCCCAAACCAGGAAUGCAAAAAGCGCCUUUCCCCGCAACCAGACUGGACACCAUCCUACAAACAACAUCCCCAAAAUUCAAAAUCACCCUCCUCGGCACCCCAGCCCAAGCAAUCGCAGACCUACACGAACAAUCCGCCAGCGAGCGCCGGCGUCAAGAAGCAAGAGCCAGCCAUUUAGCAGCAGCACGCCGUAACAAACCAGCAGCAACAACACGCCCAAGUGGCGUGCACACCCUCUCCUCAAGCGCCAACUACACCUUCCACCGCCUCCUCCCACUCUCCUACCUACCAAACCCAGACCGCUCAUUGGGCUUCCUCAAACGGCUCCGCGAUGACCCAGGCAUCCGCACCGCAAUGGCGAAACAUAAAUUCUCCGUGCCGCUCUUGACGGAGAUGAACCCGGCAGAGCACACGACCAGUGAAUCGAGGACGCUGGGUCUGAACAGGAAUAAGGGGGAGGUUAUUGAGUUGAGAUUGCGGACGGAUGCGUAUGAUGGAUAUCGUGAUUAUAGGACGAUUCGGAAGACGCUCUGUCAUGAGCUGGCGCAUUGUGUGUUUGGGCCUCAUGAUCGUGAUUUUUGGAAUCUUACUGCUCAGAUUGAAAAGGAGGUUGAGAAUGGGGAUUGGAAGUCCGGUGGUCAUAGUGUUUCUGGGCAAGAGUUUUAUAAUCCUGGCGAUUGGGAGAGUGUGCAGGGUGGGGAGGAGUUUGUUGAUGAGUGUGGGUGGACUGGAGGUGAGUUCGUGCUUGGGGGGCUGAGGGAGGAUGAGGCUGGAAGGAGGGCUGGGGCGUCCGCUUCUGGUGCUGAGUCUCGGAGGGAGAUUAUGGCUCGAGCUGCUGAGGAAAGGAUGAAGAGGGAGAAGGAGACUGGGAAGCAGGAUGAUGCUACGUGA